AUGAGGUAUGGUUUCAUCCCACUUACACAUUCACCCUUGCGUCCUAGCAAUUCUGCUGGUAACAGAGGGCGUGCAAACAUCACCAGCAGAAAGCGUGGCCAUGAUGGCCUUGACGAUAACUCCUCAGCACCCCCCCCUUCGAGUCCCCCUCCAUCGUCCCCGCCAAUGUUGCCUCUUGAUGAGGUUGACAACGACGAUGAUAUAGCUGCAGAGGAAGGGUUUAUCCCUGACAUAGAUGAUCUAGAAGAGAUGGCUGAAGAUGAUGACGGAAUCGAUCUUUUUGCAGAUAACUUUGAAAAGGAUUAUGCCAACCGCCCAAAUGAUCAGUAUGGGGGAAUUGAUAUCGACGACGCAGACCAAGAGGAGUUAGACCUUGCAGCAAGACGACAACUGGAAGCACGACUUAAUAAACGAGACCGUGAAAUCGCGCGAAGGCGCAAAAUGCCGGCUGCUUUCCUUCAAGAGGAUGAUUUGGAUGGAGUUCCCGAUCUCUCACUUCAAACACGCAGGCAUCGACGUAAUUAUGACGAGGAGAGUCAAGAUGCCGAUAUGGAUGACCCGGAAGCGGACCUGACUCUUGAAGAUAUGGCUGAUAUCAAAGCCGAUAAUCUUACGGAAUGGGUUGCAACUCCAGCUAUCCAUAGAGCAAUCUACCGGGAGUUCAAAUCCUUCAUAACCGAGUUCACAGACAAAGACGGAAUAUCAGUGUACGGCACUCUUGUUAAAAACCUCGGAGAGGAGAAUUCUGAAUCACUUGAGGUUGCAUACCCUCACCUCAGCGAAUCAAAAUCGAUCAUUGCAUACUUCCUCGCCAACGCUCCAGCAGAGGUCCUUAAAAUAUUUGACCAAGUUGCAAUGGAGGCUACUUUAUUGCAUUACAGAGACUACCACCGCAUUCACAGCGAGAUCCAUGUACGAAUCACCAACUUACCCGUCAAAUACACUCUUCGACAACUUCGACAGAGCCAUCUCAAUUGCCUCAUCUGUGUCAGCGGUGUCGUUACAAGGCGAACUGGUGUUUUUCCACAACUAAAAUAUAUCAUGUUCAACUGUAGCAAAUGUGGUGUCACACUUGGCCCGUUCGAACAAGACUCCAGCAACGAGCUUAAAAUCUCGUUUUGCCAGAACUGCCAGAGCCGUGGCCCAUUUACCCUAAAUUCCGAAAGAACUGAAUAUCGCAACUUUCAGAAACUAACUCUCCAGGAAUCUCCUGGAACUGUGCCCGCAGGCCGCCUCCCGCGUCAUCGUGAUGUUAUCCUUUUGGCAGAUUUGAUUGACUCUGCAAAACCAGGCGAUGAAGUGGAGAUCACCGGUAUUUACCGCAAUCAAUACGAUCUUCCAAUGAGUCAACGGAGCGGCCUGCCGGUAUUCAGCACAAUCAUCGAAGCUAACCAUAUCGUCAAAUCCCAUGAUCAGCUAGCUGGAUUUCAAUUGACCGAGGAAGACGAACAUCAGAUUCAAGCUCUCUCAAAGGACCCAAAUAUUGUCGAGAGAAUAAUAAGCUCUAUCUGCCCAAGUAUAUAUGGCCACGAAGAUGUGAAGACUGCUGUUGCCCUUUCUCUGUUUGGAGGUGUUAGUAAGGUGGCCCAGGGUAAAAUGAACAUCCGUGGGGAUAUUAAUGUGCUGUUACUUGGUGAUCCGGGUACUGCCAAAUCUCAGGCUCUAAAAUACAUAGAAAAGACCGCUCAUAGGGCUGUUUUCGCUACAGGUCAGGGAGCUAGUGCUGUCGGUUUGACUGCAAACGUCCGUCGUGACCCAAUGACCAGCGAAUGGACUCUCGAAGGCGGUGCGCUUGUGUUGGCCGAUCGUGGUACCUGCUUAAUUGAUGAAUUUGAUAAAAUGAACGAUCAAGAUCGCACAUCGAUCCAUGAAGCCAUGGAACAGCAGACAAUAUCUAUAUCGAAAGGCGGUAUUGUCACUACUCUCCAGGCGCGAUGCUCCAUUGUUGCAGCUGCCAACCCUAUUGGUGGACGUUACAGGGGAACACUUCCAUUUUCUCAAAAUGUUGAGCUCACUGAGCCUAUUCUUUCACGUUUCGAUAUCCUUUGUGUUGUCAGAGACAUGGUGAAUCCAGACAUAGAUGAAGGGUUGGCUUCAUUUGUUAUGAAUUCGCAUUACCGAUCCAAUCCAGUUAAAGAUGCACAAGGAAACCCAGAAGAAAUUACGGAGGAUUCUCCCGAAUCCCGGUUCAGGGCACAAAGAGCUGACGCGAUACCGCAAGAAUUAUUGCGAAAAUAUAUCGUCUACGCUCGGGAAAAAUGCCAUCCAAAACUAUAUCAAAUUGAUGAAGGCAAAGUGGCUGAGGUCUUUGCUGAUUUGAGACGAGAGAGCUUGGCCACUGGAGCAUAUCCUAUCACAGUGCGACAUCUCGAGUCAAUCAUGCGGAUUGCAGAAUCAUUCUGCAAAAUGCGUCUGUCUGAAUACUGCUCAUCCCGUGAUAUUGACCGGGCAAUUGCAGUAACGGUUGAUUCAUUCAUUGGCAGCCAAAAGAUAAGCUGCAAAAAAGCCCUCUCAAGAGCAUUUGCUAAGUAUACCCUCAACAAACCCAAGGUAAGAAGAGAUAGAGGCUCAGGCUAUAACCCUACCACAAGCCGUAAUUAA